AUGUUCUUUCUGAGGUGCAGAAGAGGGGGCGACUUAAGAUUGCUCUCACGGAUCCUCACCUCUGGGAAGGAGCACAACCCAUGUCGUCACUUUGGGGAACACCGACCAGGAGGUGCCGAUCCAUACAACAAAGAAAUAACUGCCAGCAAAACUGUUCUUAAGCGCCUCACCAAUCUUCUUUUCUACACAAUAUCUGAAGGACAAGAUCAACUGCCGGUCAACAAGUUUAUUAACACUCUGAAGUCGAAUGGAUUGCUUACAUCAGACCCGAGGCUGAAGGACUGCAUGGACAUACUGCAUGAAACUGUUCAAGAUUCUAUCGUAGGAGCCACCAUGGACCUAGAGGUCUUUCAAAAGUGUGUCCAGAGUAAUAUUGUGCUCCUGACUCAGAUCGUCUGUAGAAAAUUUGUGAUUCCAGAUUUCGAACAGUUCACAUUACAUAUAAACCGGCUGUAUGAGAAUGCCCUCACUAUACGGGAGGGGGAGGUGGCUAACUACAUUCCACAGCUUGCCAAGGUCAGUUCUGACAAAUGGGGAGUGUCACUUUGCACUGUAGAUGGACAAAGGCUUGUGCGAAGCUUGUCCGUGCUGACAAAUAUGAGCUACAAAUGCCGGCAGUGUGAACGGGGACUUACAAAGGAGCAUUUAAAGAACACCAUCAGACAUGGACUGGAUCUAAAGAAUAAACCCUACAACCCAAUGGUAAAUGCCGGAGCAAUAGUUGUUUCAUCAUUAAUUAAACAAGGUUCAAACAAGGCCGAAAAGUUUGAUUAUGUUAUGCAGUUUCUGAAAAGGAUGUCGGGAAAUGAAUACGUUGGCUUCAACAAUUCAACGUUUCAGUCCGAGAGGGAAACAGGAGAUCGAAACUACGCCAUUGGAUAUUAUCUGAAAGAGAAGAAGUGCUUUCCUACUAAUGCUGACAUGGGGGUCGCUCUGGAUUUGUAUUUUCAGCUGUGCUCCAUUGAGGUGACCUGUGAGUCGGGGAGUGUGAUUGCUGCCACUCUGGCUAAUGGUGGUAUCUGCCCCAUCACAGGCGAUCGGGUCCUAAGUGCAGAAGCAGUGAGGAACACCCUGAGUCUCAUGCAUUCUUGCGGCAUGUAUGACUUCUCUGGACAGUUUGCCUUUCACGUGGGAUUACCUGCCAAAUCUGGUGUGUCAGGAGCCAUCUUGUUGGUGGUGCCCAAUAUAAUGGGUGUUUUCUGUUGGUCACCUCUUCUGGACAGAAUUGGGAACAGUGUGCGAGGAAUUCACUUCUGCCAAGAACUGGUUUCUGUCUUCAAUUUCCACAAUUAUGACAACUUAAGGCACUGUGCAAGAAAACUGGAUCCCCGUAAGGAGAGACGUGAAGUUCAGCAUAAAACAGUGGUGAACCUUCUAUUUGCUGCCUAUAGUGGUGAUGUUUCCGCUUUGAGGAGGUUUGCAUUGUCUUCAAUGGACAUGGAGCAAAAAGAUUAUGACUCCCGGACAGCUCUUCAUGUAGCAGCUGCUGAAGGACACUCAGAAGUGGUUAGGUUUCUCAUACAAGGCUGCAGAGUGAACCCUUUUAUGGAAGAUAGGUGGGGUAACACCCCUUUAGAAGAUGCAAUCAGGUUUCAGCAGCAUGAUGUUGUGAACUUAUUGACGGAAUAUCAAGAAAGCUAUGCCAGAAGCCAGAAGAUUACAGAGAAAGAGCAGGACCAGAUGUCACUGGAAAAUCUGGAGAGUAUGGUGUAGUCCAUCCUGUGACAAGGUCUCUUAACUUCAUAUGAAC